UCGUUUGUUAAGCUUCCCACAAAUCCUGUAUUGACAGAGUAUGAUCUGCUUGCACUUCCACUUUCACUUGCUGAGCUAGAGUACUUUCGUGACCCCACAAACUUCUGGGUGAACCCUGAUAACACAUCAGAGUGGCUGGUGGCUUUUGUAGCCAGUGCUUAUGAUGACUUUUAUGUACCUGUAUCGAAGGUUUUUGUUUUCGCUACCAGUGAUCCCAACCUUGCUGCAGACUUCCGAUACUCACAUGUCCUUUGGCAAGAUACCUUGGAUCUGAGCAACGAGCUUGAACAUCCAGAUUUUUUCAAACUGGGAGACGAUUACUAUUUGAAGGUGUCAACAAUGUUGAGUGGUCAGGACUACUGGGUGUAUGGUAACUAUACGAAGAAUGGUGAUGAUAAAACGAUCUUUUAA